AUGCGAUGUGAGCUGUGUGAAACCGCUGUGGUGCAGAUGCACUGUGAUACAUGUCUUGUCAACCUGUGUAAAGCUUGUGUGGGAAAACACAUUGCAGCUGAUCUCUCAAAACCUCAUAAAAUUGUUGAUUUCAAAAAUAUUGGAAGUUUGGAGGAAAGAAAAGACAAACUAAGAAAAGAUCAUAUUGAAUUAAAUGAGGUUAUUUAUCCAACAUACCAAGACAUUGUCUCUGAUGUACAAAACAGAAUAAGUCAGAAACUAAAAGCUGAAUAUGAUGAGAUUAAACACAAGCAGAUUCAAGCUCUACAAGAACAACUGGAUGACAUAAACAAAAAAAUUAUUGAAAUCAAGGAUGAAAUCAAUUCAAUAGACAAAGCUGUUACCUCUUAUACUGUUUCCAAACUAUUUAGCACUACAUUUGAUGUAGAUAAGUACAGACAGCUACCACAUAAAAUUACGCUUUAUUCACCUACAUUCACCAAAGGCAAAAUCAAUGGAGAGCAACUCAGUGAACUGUUUGGAACUUUAUCAUUAACUUCCCUAUCCCCAGAAAAGAAAGGUUACAACAUAAAGACAUCACAGAAAUUACAUGAAGUUGGAUCCUCUGCUCCAGUCAAACAGCUGCUUGAUGAACCAGAGACUGUCACCACCAUAAACACUGGUUAUAAAUACCUUUACAAUGUGGCCUGUUUCAGUGAUGAAGAAAUCUGGACAAGUGGGGAUGACAGCACAAUGAAACUUUUCAGCAUCAAUCAGGGAUCACUACUCAAGUCAAUCACAACUAAGUCAGGGACUACACACUUUAGCAUAGAAGUGACAAAAAGUGGAGACCUAGUUUAUACCGAUUACAAGGAUAGAACUGUUAACAUUGCGAAGAAUGAGAAAAUAAAUGUUGAGGAAAUGAUCCGUCUACAGGAUUGGAAACCUCGUGCUGCCUGUACUACUUCAUUGGAUGAUCUGCUGGUUAUCAUGGCCUGUGUGGGAGAACAUGCUGCAGCUGAUCUUUCAAAACCUCAUAAAAUUAUUGAUUUCAAGGACAGAAACUCCACUUCUCUCUUCCCUAGGUGUACAUCUCAUGAUAAAGAGGGAUGUAAAAUGUACUGCAAGCAUUGUUACAUUCCUGUAUGUACCAAGUGCAUUGCAUCUGAUCAACACCUAGGACAUAAAUUAUCGGAAGUCUUGAAAGUUUUGGAGGAAAGAAAAGACAAGCUAAGUAAAGAUCAUAUUGAAUUACAUGAGAUUAUUUAUCCUACCUACCACAAAAUUGCCUCUGAUGUCCAAAAUAGAAUGAGUAAGUUAGAAAAGGAAUAUAGAGAUCUCUUAACAGCCAUUACAAAACACGAAGAAGACUGGCACAGAGAAAUUGACAAACUUGUCAAGAAACUUAAGGCUGAAGUUGAUGAAAGGAAAACCACACAGUUACAAACUCUACAGAAACAUCUAGAUGAAAUAAACGAAACAAUUAUUAAAAUAAAAGAAGAAAUCGAUUUAAUUGAUGAAGUUAUCAAUUCUCAUGAAAUUUCCAAACUAUUCAGGAAUACAUUUGAUGUAGAUAAAUAUAGGCAGCUACCACUUAAAACUGUGCUUUCCCCACCCUCAUUCACCCAAGGAAGAAUCAAUGGAGAGCAACUUAGUAAGCUGUUUGGAACCUUAUCAUUAACUUCCAUAUUAUUAGAAAAGAACUGCUACAGCAUGAAAGAAACAAAUCACAAAUCACAAGAAGCUGGAUCCUCUCCUUCAGUCAAACAGCUGCUUGGUGAACCAGAGUUUGUCUCCACCAUAAACACUUGGUAUGGAAAUCACCUUUACAGUGUUGUCUGUCUGAAUGAUGAAGAAAUCUGGACAAGUGGAAAUAUCAGCACCAUGACACUAUACAGCAUCAAUCAGGGAUUAGUACUCAAGUCAAUCACAACUAAGUCCGCGAACUGGCCGACUGACAUAGCAGUGACAAAAAGUGGAGAUUUAGUUUAUAGCGAUAAUGGUGAUAGAACUGUGAACAUUGUGAAAAAUGGAAUGAUAGAGGAAUUAAUCAGACUACAGAACUGGAGACCUCACGGUGUCUGUAGUACCUUCUCUGGAGACUUCCUGGUUAUCUUGCUCAGUGAUGAUAACAAACAAACAAAAGUUGUCCGUUGUUUUAGCUCUAAUCAGAAACAAACUAUUCAGUUUGAUGAUAAUGGUAGACCUCUCUUUUCAUCUGGUUCUCAUUAUUACAGAUUUAUAACUGAGAACAGGAACCUGGAUAUCUGUGUAUCUGAUGAUGGAGCUAAAGCAGUAGUGGUGGUCAAUCAGGCUGGAAAACUAAGAUUCAGGUACACUGGGCAUACAAAGAAAGGAUCAUUUACUCCACGAGGAAUCACCACAGACAGUCAGAGUCACAUCCUUACAGCUGAUAAUACAUAUUACAACGACUUUGUCCACAUUAUUGACCAGGAUGGACAGUUCCUCCGUUACAUAAACUGUGGACUGAGAUAUCUUUUGAGACUGUGUACGGAUUCAAAUGACAAUCUGUUUGUUGCUCAAUGUGGAAACAACCAAGUGAAGAAAAUCAAAUAUCUUCAGUGAAGUCCAUCAGAAUACUAUAGACGAUACAAUAGUUUUGAUAUUAAAA